AAUUAACAUCUGGUGAAGUGGGAAUUAAGCAAAAGCCAUGUUGGAAACAAUUGAUAUUCACCGAGCCCUCCAGGCAGUAGAACGUCUGCAAGCAAAAUUACGAGAACGUGGUGAUUCAGCAAAUGAGGAGAAAUUAAGUUUACUAAAAUCAGUACUGCAGAGUCCUUUAUUCAAUCAAAUCCUAAACUUACAAGCUUCUCUUCCACAGUCACGAGAUCAGGUGAACCUUGCACCUUCCAUCUCCUCAUCUGGUGAGCAUCUGCAACUUUCCCAUCAUGGUAGUGUUGUGGGCUCCUCACUACACAAUGACUCCUACUUGAUGGCUCAAGAGAACAGUAACCCUUCUAAUGGGCUAGGAAUUGUUCUCCAGUCGAUCACUGCUCAGAUUAAUGGGAAGCCUUCAAACGAUGAAUUUGAAUUACUGAUCAGAAAUAUGGCACAGGGUCGACUUGUUGAGACAAUUGAACUUCUAAAACCUCCAAGUGGUGGGCUUGGCUUUAGUGUUGUUGGUCUGAAGAGUGAAUAUAGAGGCGAACUUGGUAUAUUUGUGCAGGAGAUUCAAGAUGGAAGUGUGGCACAAAGAGAUGGCAGAUUGCAGGAAGCAGAUCAAAUUCUUGCUAUUAAUGGGCAAGCCCUUGAUCAGACCAUAACACAUCAACAGGCUAUCGGCAUCCUACAGAGAGCCAAAGAAAGUGUCCAGCUAGUUGUGGCAAGGGGCUCUUUGCCUCAGCUCAUCAGUCCUGUAAUUUCUCGAUCUCCGUCAGCUGCUAGUACAAUUUCAGCCCAUUCAAACCCGAUACAUUGGCAGCAUGUGGAGACUAUUGAAUUGGUGAACGAUGGAUCAGGUCUGGGAUUUGGGAUAGUAGGAGGAAAAUCAACUGGAGUGAUCGUUAAAACCAUCCUUCCAGGCGGAGUAGCUGAUCGGCAUGGUAGACUCUGCAGUGGAGACCAUAUUUUGAAAAUUGGUGAUACAGACCUGACUGGAAUCAGCGGUGAGCAAGUGGCACAAGUCCUGAGGCAAUGUGGAAACCGAGUCAAGUUGGUGAUAGCCAGAGGUCUAAUUAAGGAGGCCGCUCCAUCAACAGCAGCUCCUUUGGGUACCCCAGUACAAACAUGUAUGACAGAGAACAAGAAAUUGGAAGAUACACCAAUUGAAAAUGUUGAAGAUGGGAACACAUUUGAUGUGCAGCUUACAAAAAAUUCUCAAGGGUUAGGAAUAACAAUUGCUGGCUACAUUGGGGAUAAAAUAUCAGAACCUUCUGGUAUUUUUGUAAAAAGUAUCACAAAAGACAGUGCAGUUGAACAUGAUGGUAGAAUCCAUAUUGGAGAUCAAAUUAUUGCUGUGGAUGGAACCAACCUUCAAGGUUUUACAAACCAGCAAGCAGUGGAGGUUUUGCGGCAUACUGGGCAAACAGUCUAUCUGACUUUGGUCCGAAGAGGAGGCCUGAAACAGGAAAACCAAACUCAGUCUCAUGAUGACUUCAGUGAUGCUGUUGAAAAGGAUUCAAUUUUCCAGACAAUGGAUAUUGGCACAAAUACAGAAAACUGCAAAAGAGAGCAGGAUUCUCCAUUAAUGUCAUGCAGCCCCAGUGAGGUUCAUUUUGAAGAAGAUACUAAUAUACAACAAACAGAUAUUCAGCUAACAUCCCUAGAAGAAGAAAUAUUGCUGAACAAAUGGCAGAAGAUUUUGGGGGGAAAUUAUGAAGUUGUGGUGGCAGAUGUGAACAAGUUUAGUGAAAGCAGCGGACUGGGGAUUAGUUUAGAAGCUACAGUGGGACAUCAUUUUAUUCGGUCUGUUUUGCCUGAAGGGCCCGUUGGACGAUGUGGCAGAUUGUACAGUGGAGAUGAAUUAUUAGAAGUAAAUGGACAAUCUUUGCUUGGAGAGAAUCACAAGGAUGUUGUAAAUAUUCUAAAAGAGCUUCCUAUCAAUGUAAGAAUGGUGUGUUGUCGUGCAGUUCCACCUGUUACUGAGACAGCAUUGGAUGAGACUCAUAUGUUAGAGCAGUCGCCUAUAGACCUUGGUGGACUCCUUGGUGCUUCAGAGACAGAAGAUGCUAAGCUGGAAAUAACUAACAUAAAUCAGAAUACCGAAGAGGUACAAGGUUCUUCUCUGGCAAUGUGGGAAACAGAAAUACAACAAAUUGAGCUGGAGAAAGGCAGCAGAGGUCUUGGCUUUAGUAUAUUGGAUUAUCAGGACCCAGUGGACCCCGCCAAUACAGUGAUCGUGAUCCGCUCCCUUGUUCCUGGGGGCAUUGCUGAGCAAGAUGGCAGGCUGCUCCCAGGAGACAGGCUUAUGUUUGUCAAUGAGACCAGCUUGGAAAAUGGUAGCCUGGAGGAAGCUGUGCAGGCCCUGAAAGGAGCACCUCUGGGAAUGGUGAAAAUAGGAGUCGCCAAGCCAUUGCCUCUUUCACCAGAAGAGGGCUAUGUUUCUGCUAAGGAAGAUUCCUUUUUCUGCACUGCCCAGUCCUUUGAGGAGGAAGGGCUAACUGAUUCAGCCCUCUUCCAUGCUGAGCUGGCUCUGGUGGACUCAAGUGAGGCAGAUGUAACAGAAAACUGUACCAUGGGAUUGGACUGUUCUCCAGAUAAUGAUGGUGCAUUCCAGUCUUCAGCUUUAACACUGCAUAGCGGCAUUUGUGGUGAUGAUCUGAAGCUUGCUCUUUCACUGCCCUCUUCAACUCCCAAGAUCAUUUUCAAAGAAGAUUCCAGUAACCCACAUAGUUACCAGUCAUCAGAUAAAAACUUGUACACAAUGGAUCUAAUACAAAGAGAGACUGAGAGUACACCUGCAGGUGGAUGUAUGAAACAGAUCACAGAGCCUUUUCUUGUGAACCCGACAACACAAUCUCCUAAGAAACAAGUUGAACAUGACAUCACAAGCAUGUGGAGAGAAUCUGAGCUGACACCCGAAUUUUCACACUGUACAAAAGAUCAGGAGUUCUUGAUGGAAAAUAAUAUCUUAAUGCCUGCUUGCCUAGAUAUAAAUAAAAACAAGUUGGAGAAGAUGAUUACCAUUGCAAAAGGCAAUUCAAGCUUAGGGAUGACAGUAAGCUCUAAUAAAGAUGGCAUGGGAAUGAUAGUUCGCAGCAUUAUCCAUGGUGGUUCCAUAAAUCGUGAUGGACGAAUUGGUAUUGGAGACUGUAUAUUGUCUAUUAAUGAGGAAUCUGCUGCUAAUUUAACUAGUGCCCAAGCACGGGCCAUGCUAAGGAGGCAUUCUGUCAUUGGACCAGAUAUAAACAUUAGCUAUGUGCCAGCAGAGCAAUUAGAAGAGUACCAAGCCGGUUUAGGGCAGCAGCCAGAAGGAACAAUGCCAUUUGAUGUUUUCUCUUCACACACUGUGAGAGAUAUUCCAGAACUACCGGAACGAGAAGAAGGAGAAGGAGAAGAAAGUGAGCUUCAGAACACAGGCUACAGUAACUGGAAUCAACCAAGACGGGUUGAGCUCUGGAGAGAGCCUAGCAAGUCCCUGGGAAUCAGCAUUGUUGGUGGAAGAGGUAUGGGAAGUCGUCUGAACAAUGGUGAAGUUAUGAGAGGAAUCUUCAUCAAACACAUCCUCGAAGACAGCCCUGCAGGCAAAAAUGGAACUUUAAAAACAGGAGAUAGAAUUGUGGAGGUGGAUGGAAUAAAUCUCAGAGAUGCAAGCCACGAGCAAGCUGUGGAAGCCAUUAGAAGAGCAGGCAACCCAGUAGUCUUCACGGUACAGAGCAUUAUAAGCAAACCAAGGGCAUCCAGUCAGUCAGAUUCAGAGCCAGAAAAAAAACCAUCCUGUAAUCUGCCCUUGCCUCCUCCUUCAGUAUUUCCAGCAAUGAGCAGUGAAAUUGUACUGCAGUCCUCUAACAAUCACCUGGAAGAUUUGGAUAAGGAGGAUGAGUUUGGAUACAGUUGGAGGAAAAUCAGUCACCAGUACGGGAAUCUGUCAGGAGAUCUGCACAUGAUAGAACUGGAGAAAGGGAAGACUGGAUUAGGACUCAGCCUGGCUGGGAACAAAGACAGAUCCAAAAUGAGUGUCUUUGUAGUGGGCAUUGAUCCAAACGGAGCAGCUGGAAGAGAUGGAAGGCUGCAGAUUGGAGACGAGUUACUGGAAAUAAAUGGACAAGUUCUGUAUGGAAAAACACAUCAGAAUGCAUCUUCAAUCAUCAAAUGUGCACCUUCUAAAGUAAAAAUAAUCUUUAUCAGAAACAAAGGUGCUAUCCAUCAGAUGGCUAUUUGUCCUGGUAAAUCACUGGCAUCAGAAUCUUCAUCUUCAGGGAUGGUUCAGCACGAAGAGGGGGAAGUGAACACUUCAAGCUCUAAUUUACCAAUAGAUCUGACUUUAUAUAAGAAUGUUCAAAAUGUGGAACUGCCUAAGGAUCAAGGUGGCAUAGGUAUUGCUAUUGGUGAAGAAGAUACACUUAAUGGUGUAGUUAUUCAGAACUUAACAGAUCAUGGCGCAGCAGGAAAGGAUGGCCGAAUUAAGGUUGGAGAUCAAAUUCUAGCAGUGGAUGAUGAAGUUGUUGUGGGCUAUCCUAUAGAAAAGUUUAUCAGUUUGCUGAAAACAUCAAAGCCCAAUGUGAAACUCACUAUUAGUUCAGUUGAACCGGAAGGUCUGGCAGUUCCCCAGCCACUAUUAUCAACUUACAGCACCACUUUGAGCGAGGGAACCAAUAUCCAGCCAUCACAGAUUGUCCCAUCAUCUGAGUCACCAGAACCAGAGUUAAUUAAAAAUUCAAGCAGGUCUUCAACUCCAGCUAUGUUAACUUCUGACCCAGCCACUUGUCCAAUCAUCCCAGGUUAUGAAACAACAAUCAGUAUCUCCAAGGGACGUACUGGUCUAGGAUUGAGCAUUGUGGGAGGAGCUGACACAUUACUGGGAGCAAUUAUUAUCCACGAAGUCUAUGAAGAAGGAGCAGCAUCCAAAGAUGGAAGACUCUGGGCGGGUGAUCAAAUCUUAGAGGUGAAUGGUAUUGACCUAAGGAAUGCAACGCAUGAUGAAGCUAUAAAUGUUCUCAGACAGACACCACAGAAAGUCCGCCUGACUGUUUACAGGGAUGAAGCCCAAUAUAAAGAAGAAGACAUGUAUGAUGUACUGAGUAUUGAAUUACAAAAGAAACCAGGCAAAGGACUUGGAUUAAGUAUUGUUGGGAAAAGAAAUGACACUGGAGUGUUUGUGUCGGACAUUGUCAAAGGAGGUUUAGCAGAUCUGGAUGGAAGGUUAAUGCAAGGAGACCAGAUAUUAAUGGUGAAUGAUGAAGAUGUUCGAAACGCUAAUCAGGAGACAGUGGCAGCCUUAUUAAAGUGCUCAUUAGGUGUUGUUAAACUAGAAGUUGGAAGAAUAAAGGCAAGUUUGUUCCAUUCAGGGAGGAGAAUGUCUCAGAGCAGCCAGGUCAGUGAAGGAAGUGGCAGCCUGACAUCAUUCAGUUUCCCAGGUGGUGGAUCCAACCUGCCUGAAAGUUACGAAAGCACUCUGAAGAAGAAUUGUUUGGCGUCUGAAAUACAAGGACUGAGAACAGUUGAAAUAAAAAAGGGCCCUUCAGAUUCUUUGGGAAUCAGCAUUGCUGGGGGAGUAGGAAGUCCUCUUGGUGAUGUUCCCAUUUUUAUAGCCCUGAUGCACCCAAAUGGAGUUGCAGCACAAACCCAGAAAUUGAGGGUUGGAGACAGGAUUGUGAGCAUUUGUGGGACAUCCACUGAAGGCAUGACUCAUUCCCAGGCUGUCAGUUUGCUGAAGAAUGCUUUGGGCACCAUUGAAUUACAGGUUGUAGCUGGUGGAGAUGUCAGUGUCAUAACUAGCCAACAGCAGGAUCCACCAACAUCUAGUCUAACAUUUUCUGGUCUAACAUCAAGCAGCAUUUUUCAGGAUGAUUUGGGGCCCCCCCAAUACAAAACCAUCACUCUGGAUCGAGGACCCGAUGGCUUGGGCUUUAGCAUUGUAGGUGGAUACGGAAGUCCUCACGGAGAUCUGCCCAUUUAUGUUAAGACAGUAUUUGCAAAGGGCGCAGCAGCAGAAGACGGGCGCCUGAAAAGAGGGGAUCAGAUCAUUGCAGUCAAUGGGCAGAGCUUGGAAGGGGUCACCCAUGAGGAAGCUGUUGCUCUUCUAAAAAGAACAAAAGGAACUGUGACUUUGACUGUUCUCUCUUAAGUCCUGUCUCCAAAGAUGAGAUGAGAGUUUGUUUGCUGCCAGGCUGUUUUUAAUCAGGGAUGAAAAAUAACGAAUGGUCUUAUUUUUAUCCAUGGUUAGACAUAUCGUUGAAUUACAGAGAUUGGCUUCUGUAGGAUAAGAAAGUGACAAAAUUUGAAAGCGGUAGUAAUAAAAUCAGAGUAAGAAAAAGUGAAAUGGAAAGGAGGAAAUGUAUGGUGUGAUAACCUGGCGGUGCAUGUUGUGUGAUUGUUGAGGGAUUUGUAAUGGGGAAUUCUGGAACUGUGUAAUCUCUGGAAGAAACAAAUGUUUGGCUAUUGCUUAGCCAGGGUUAAGUUAAAGCUCUCAAACAUAUAUAUUCAUUUGAUUCAAUUUUAUUAAUAUCCCUGUGCCCAACAUGAGAUCUGAGACAAACUGUUUUCUGGAAUAAUAGUGCUUAAGAAAAACACUUUUUUAAAAGAAGAAAGUUUCCUGAUUCUUC